AUGGCGACUACCGCACCGUUUCCCAACCAGCCAGAACAGGCCAUGAUAGCUAAACCACAAGGUGAUGUUCAUGGUAAUGCGCUCGAGCUACUGUUAGAGAAAGGCGCUGAUGUCAACGCACAAGGUGGCCGCUACGGAAAUGCGCUCCAGGCUGCUUCAUUUGGAGGCUAUGAACGGAUUGUACGGUUGCUAUUAGAGAAAGGCGCUGGUGUUAACGCGCAAGGUGGCUCUUACGACAAUGAACUAUUUGCUGCUUUGUCGGAAGGUUAUUACGAUAUUGCAAGGCUGCGGUUGGAGAAUGGUUGGGGGAAGUCGCCGAUGGCAACAUGCUGGCCCAACUCGACUCUUAUAUCGCCCACUUAUCUAGGCAAACAUGACGCCUUUAUCAAGACCACUGAAUGUCUCAAUUUCUUCCGGUUUUUCUUAUAUCCAGCUAACGAAUAG